AUGGAAGAUGAUUAUUACUUUUUUUUAUUUCAAGAGGAAGAAUCAGAACAAGUGAAAGAAGCAAAACAAGAUCUUCACAAUGCUUUAAAAAAGAACAGAGAAAAAAUUAAAAAUGUUAGUAACAAUAAGCCAAUGGAAAAAGCUUCCAGUAUUAUAUGGCUAGGAGACAAUGAUGAUAAUAUAAAGAAUGAAUAUAGAAAAUAUGAUGAAAGAAAAAAGGAUAGAGAUAAAAAGAAAAGUGAAGGAGAAAUUAAUAAUUUAUCAUCUGAUAAAAGAAAUAUAAUAAAUAAAACAAACAAUGAAUGGGUUGAAAAUUAUAAACAGAAUAAAUAUCAUUCAUAUGAUGGUGGUGAUGAUAAUGUAGAUUCAUUUAAUCUUAAGGAAAUACAAAUAAAGAAAAGAAAAAAAGAAACAUCGAGUAGUAAAAAUGAUAUGGAAUAUACAUAUUGUCAAAAUAAAGAUUCAUUUGAUAAAUAUAACAAUAAAAAGAAAGCUCGAAAAAAUGAUGACAUAAAUGAUCAUCUUAAUAAUAAUAAAAAUAAAUAUAAUUUUGAUAAUAUAGAACAUAAAAAAUUAGAUGAUAAAGAAGAUAUUGUGACUAAUUCAAAUGUAAAACAUUUAUCAAAUAUUGAUAAUAAUCAAAAAAAUUUAGAUGAAAAGGAAAAGAAAAAAAAUAAAAAAAAAAAUUCAAAAGGAACAAGUAAUAAUUCACAUAUUAGUAUAUCAUCAAAUUCAUCUCUUUCAACCCUUUCAUCUGAUGAUAGCACAUCUACAAAUUAUUUACCUUCUUCAAAAAAAAAAACUAAUAUAAAUGAAAAUACAUAUUCCAAAAAAUAUUCUAAUGACCCAAGUGAUAUUAUACAAGGUUCUGGAAGUAAUAUGAAAAAGAAAUCUUUAUCACAUAACAAAAUUUAUAAGGAAGAAAAAAGAAAAAACAGCAGUUUUUUAUCAAAUGAAACAAAUAUAGAAGCUGGAACACAUAAGAAAGAAUAUGGACAAAGAGAUAAGAAUAUAAAUAAUGUAUGCAAAUCAAAUAUGCAUAAAAAUAUUUUAAAAAAAUUUAAAAUUAAUUAUAAGAAUUUAUCUUCUAUGGAGAAAGAAUAUUAUAAUUAUAUGAUAAAAAAAUUAGAUAUAAAUUAUGACGAUGAGAAGAAAGUAUUAUAUACAGAUUCUUUAUUUAAUGAAAAAUUUUUAUAUAUGAUAAGUAAAGAAAAUAAUAAUUUCAAUUUCUUAGGUUAUUUAGAAUAUGCAUGUUUUUAUAUACUUGAAUGGUUAACACCAACCAAAGAAGAAAAAUUAUUAAAACUUAAAUCUUUAAUAAAAUUAGAAUUAUUAGUUAAAUCACUUUUUCCACAAAGUAAUAUGGAAGUGUUUGGUUCUUAUACAUCUGGAUUAUCCUUGCCUAGUAGUGAUAUAGAUGUAUGUAUUAUGAAUAUAAAAGAGAAUGAUUUAGAUUGUUUAUAUAUCUUAGCAUAUGGCUUAAUUAAAUUAAAUAUAGCAUGUGAUAUAAGAAUAAUUAAGGAUGCUAGAGUAAAAAUAUUAAAAUAUAUGGAUAAAGAACUAGGUGUACAGAUUGAUAUAUGUAUUAAUCAAAAAUCUUCAAAAGAAACAACUGAUUUUAUAAUAAAACAAAUGAAAAAAUAUAUAUAUUUAAGACCUUUAGUUAUAUUAUUAAAAUUUUUUUUAAAUUCGAGAAAUUUAAAUGAAACAUAUAUAGGAGGUAUAGGUUCUUUUCUUUUAUCAUGUAUGGUAUUACAUUUUUUACAGAUGCAUACAUCAACGUUUGAUAAUAAUCAUUUUAAUAAUACAUAUUUGAUUAAGUUAUUAAUAGAAUUCUUUUAUUUCUAUAGUAUAGAUUAUAAAUUACAUGAAACAUGUGUAGUCGUUCGAGGAUUAGGUCAUAUUCUUCCACGACGUCUAAGAAAAGAAUAUGAAUAUAAUGAUCAGCGUUUAUGUUUUGAAAAUCCUAUAGAUACAUCUAUAGAUAUAGGUAGGAAUACAUAUAGAAUUAGAUAUAUUUUAUAUUUAUUUAGUUAUACAUAUUGUAAUUUUAUAAGUUUAAUAUCCAAAUUAAGAAAGCAUUCUAAUAAUUUUUAUUUCUCAUAUAUUCCUAAUGUGGAUGAAAAAAGUGAUACAAAUAAUAAAAAAAAAAAUAUAAAAAGUAUAGAAAACAAAAAUUGUAAUAUAAAUAAUAAUAAAAAGAAUUAUAUAUAUGGUUCAAAAAUUAAAUCUAAUUGUAUUUAUCCAUUAUUUUAUGGAAAUAUAUUUAAUCCUGAUCAUAUAAUAUUUACAAAACGUUAUAAAAACGACUUCCCAAGUAAUGAUUGGGAUAUAAGACAUUUUGAUUUUAUAUUUACAAAACAAGAAAUAAAUAAUAUGUUUAAUAUGUCAUGUGAGGAUAUAAGUUCAUAUGUAAAGAAUGAUUAUAUGUCAAUGGAACCCUAUAGUAUGUUGUAUGAGCACAUGGAUAAAAUAUUUUCUCAUUCGUUUGAAGUAUAUAAUAAUAUAUUUAAAUAUUCAUCAAGUCAUGAUAUAUAA